AUGUUAAAGCCUCGGUGGACGUUCCUCAGUGCAGCUACCGUUUUAUUAACAACAGCAUGGACAGCUAUGGCCUGUGAACCCGAAUGUCGCCACGCCAUCUCACAAAUUCUUGCGGAUCGCUACAUGCCUGUCAUUGAUUCGACCAUGAAUGAGCUGCAAGACAUGUUGAGCGAGAGUCUCGGUUCAGUACCUGUGCCGGAGCAGUUAUCCGAUUUGAUCCCUGCCAAAGAAGUACAGGAUGGUAUCCAAACGACCAUUGAAGAAGGCUUGGAGGGCUUCAUGGCCCAGUUGUCUACGCCCCCCGCCAAUGAGGACGAUGACACGGCCGUUGCAUUGACACUGGAGGAAGGCAUUCAUCAAGCCAUGUUUUCUGGUGAUCAACCUUUCAAGGGUGAUUGUAAUAAUCCUCCUCGUUUAACACGUAAAAUGCCACCUGCUGGUGAAUCUUGGACAAGGGAAGAAUGUCAAAAGAUGGACUAUAUUUGUGGUAACCCACCAUCGAUAUGUCAUCAUUUGGAUCAGAUCAAGGGCCGCAUCGUGGAUUACAUUCGGGCUCGACUCAAGGAUGAAACCUUGUUCGGCAGCGGAAAUCUAUUCAAAAACAUUGCACCAGCCAUCAAAGAAAAAGUACGAGGCACUAUCCGACGAUAUGGAGCAGGCUCCCUCCUCAAAGAUCCCAGUGUAGCAGCAUACAUUAAUGUCAUGGCAACCAAUACCAUGCACACCUUAGACAAAUGGUCCAGAGAUACGGUCGACAAUUUGUGUACUGAUCAAAGCGACGAGCUGUGUCAUGGAUGGGACGAACAAGUUAUACCAGAAAUCUUAAAGUGGCCUUAA